UAAACCGAGCUUCAGAACACACACCGGGAUCGUGUGGUGCUCGUGCUGGGGCUGCCCAGGGCUCGGUCCGGCCAUGGACAGGGCUGGUGCCGGUCCCACCGGUGCCGAUCCCACCGGUGCCGAUCCCACCGGGGCCGAUCCCACCGGGGCUGAUCCCACCGGUGCCGGUCCCUCUCCCCACUCUCCGGCGGCCGAGGCCCAAGGACUUUCAAGGGUGCUGCACUUGAUGAACCCGCAGGACUUUUCCAGCCUUAAAGGUUCUACGAGAAGCAGCCCCGAGGCUACCGGGGCUGCGGGAGCGCUCGGGCAGCGCUGGCAGGGGGCACGGCGGGACUGUGGGGGGCUCUGCAGGGACACGGGACUGUGGGGGCUCUGCGGGGACACGGCUGGGACUCGGUCACGGCUGCGGGUCCCGCUCGGGAUAUUCCGCGAUUCUGUGACACGGCACCAGCAGCGGACAGGAGACGAGGCUCCCACGAGCCCCGGCACUGCUGGUGGUGCCCGGGCCGGGGCAGAGGGUGCCGAGGCAGCCCCGGCCCGGUCCCGUCUGUCGCGACAGCGCCGGGGGCGGCCGCCAAACCGAUGGGGGCGAUCGGGCUGCGCCGCCGCUCGGCCAAUCGGCUGGCGCUGCCUGGGCACCUUCUCCCGCCGCCGCUCGGCACUCGGCUACGUGCCCUGGCGGCCGCUCCGGUUCCGGUUCCGUUCGGUUCCAUUUCCGGUUCCGGCUGUGGGGCAGCACCGGGCCGGGCUCCGGCGGGGCCGCUAUGGCCGCCAUGGCCGGGAGCCGCACGCACAAGAUCGGGAGCGUGUUCAGCCGGACGCGGAACCUGGUGCGCCUCGGGCUGCUGGAGAAGCCGCUGUGGCUGGACGUGUACGCCGCGCUGCCGCCGCUGCGGGAGCCCGUGUACCGAGUGCCGCGGCCGCGCUACGGCGGCGCCCGGGACCGCAUCGCGCCCAUCUUCUACCGGGAGGAUUCCGUGCGAGCGCAGUGAACCAGAAGGUUAUUUGUGAGUGUAAAAAAGCAACUUUACAAUCCAGGUUUGUUGAGAAAUACAAUGAGCUGAAGGAAGAAGGGAAGAUUGAAGAGGAGAAGUUGUUUGAAGAAACAGGAAAAGCCCUUUUAGCCAGUGGGAUCGUUUUACAGAGAAGAGGAGUAGAUAAGGUGGCCCAGCAGGAGCAGCAGGGUGCUGGAUCCAGGGCUCCUGCCUUGCAGCUGCAGCUCCAAACGGUGCUGGAGGAGCUGCAGGAGAAGAGGAAGGACGGGAAGGAGCAGCCACCAGAGCUGGCAGGGGCACAGAAGGAGAAUCCCUGUCCCUCCUGACAGCCCUGCUGAGCUGCCAGGAGCCACCCUCCAGCCCUGUUUUGGGACAUUUCCCCGAGGGAACAGGAUCCAUGUGACACAUUCCCCUCUGCCCAGCUCCACACUGAUAAAGUCACAGAUAAUCUUACUUUGUUUUUUAGGCUUCACGACUGUUUUCUGAAAUCGAGUUGCAAAAUACCAAGUCUAAAAGCGGAAAUUUAAAAACAUUUUCUUUAAAAACUGGAAGUUCUGCCUGCUCAGGUGUCUGGUUUGCAGUAGUGAAGAUGUUUCCUGCUGAGGGAAUGGCAGAUCCCGUUUGAUGUAUUCCAGCAGCUGUCUGAAGUGUCAUCUUUUUAUAGCUGAUUGAGGAAAGGUGCUGAUUAUAGAAGUGGUGUAAUGUGCUCUUCCCAUUCCAUCGUUUGCUUAAAUUCAGAGCGGGAUGAGGUGUGGCAGUACCAGAUAAUUGGGAGCUUUGCAGGUUUUUAGUGACUCCUGAUGAAACUGGUCACCUUUGAAGUGUGAUAAGGGGUUCCUGCUAUUAGCUGAGAGAAGGGUGGUGCUGCUUAGGAAACAGUCACUGGCAAGCUGGCUUGGAAAAAAAUAACAAGCAAUCUUCCUGGGAUUAGGAGGGAGCUCUUCCUGUGUCUGCAGAUGCAGUGGCUGGCUGAUCUUUCAUUAAACAUUUUGGCUUGGGCUGUAUGAAGAACAAA